AAUUUAAUUUCUAUUAGUUUGUCUUGUUUUUUAUUAAGUUUAUAUUUUUUAUUAAAUAAUAUAGUUUAUUUUAUUGAAUGAGAAGUAGUUUCAUUAAAUUCUAUAAGAAUUGUAAUGACUUUUUUAUUUGAUUGAAUAAGUUUAUUAUUUAUAUCUUUUGUUUUAAUAAUUGCUUCUUUAGUUAUUUUUUAUAGUAAAGAAUAUAUAGAAAGAGAUGAAAAUAUUAAUCGAUUCAUUAUAUUAGUAUUAAUAUUUGUUUUAUCAAUAAUAUUAUUAAUUAUUAGUCCUAAUUUAAUUAGUAUUUUAUUAGGAUGGGAUGGUUUAGGAUUAGUUUCUUAUUGUUUAGUAAUUUAUUUUCAAAAUGUAAAAUCUUAUAAUGCUGGUAUAUUAACUGCUUUAUCUAAUCGAAUUGGAGAUGUUGCUUUUUUAUUAGCUAUCGCUUGAAUAUUAAAUUAUGGAAGAUGAAAUUAUAUUUUUUAUUUAGAAGUUAUGCAAAAUGAAUUUGAAAUAUUAAUUAUUGGAAGAUUAGUAAUAUUAGCAGCUAUAACUAAAAGAGCUCAAAUUCCAUUUUCAUCUUGAUUACCAGCAGCUAUAGCAGCUCCAACUCCUGUUUCUGCUUUAGUUCAUUCAUCAACUUUAGUAACAGCUGGUGUUUAUUUAUUAAUUCGAUUUAAUAUUAUUUUAAGAACUUCUUGAUUAGGUCAAUUAUUAUUAUUAUUGUCUGGGUUGACUAUAUUUAUAGCUGGAUUAGGAGCUAAUUUUGAAUUUGAUUUAAAAAAAAUUAUUGCUUUAUCAACUUUAAGUCAAUUAGGUUUAAUAAUAAGAAUUUUAUCUAUAGGGUUUUAUAAAUUAGCAAUAUUUCAUUUAUUAACUCAUGCUUUAUUUAAAGCUUUAUUAUUUAUAUGUGCUGGAGCUAUUAUUCACAAUAUAAAUAAUUCUCAAGAUAUUCGAUUAAUAGGAGGAUUAAGUAUUCAUAUACCUUUAACUUCAGCUUGUUUUAAUGUAUCUAAUUUAGCUUUAUGUGGAAUGCCUUUUUUAGCUGGUUUUUAUUCAAAAGAUAUAAUUUUAGAAAUUGUUAUAAUUAGAAAUAUUAAUUUAUUUUCUUUCUUUUUAUAUUUUUUUUCAACUGGAUUGACUGUUAUAUAUUCUUUUCGUUUAGUUUAUUAUUCUAUAACAGGAGAAUUAAAUUGUGGAAGCUUAAAUAUAUUAAAUGACGAAAGUUGAGUGAUAUUACGUGGGAUAUUAGGUUUAUUAAUUAUAAGAAUUAUUGGUGGGAGAAUAUUAAAUUGAUUAAUUUUUCCAAUUCCUUAUAUAAUUUGUUUACCUUUAUAUAUAAAAUUAUUAACUUUAUUUGUUUGUAUUUCAGGAGGAAUAUUUGGUUAUUUAAUUUCUAUAACAAAAAUUUAUUUUUUAAAUAAGUCUUUAUUAAAUUAUAAUAUUUCUUUAUUUUUAGGAUCUAUGUGAUUUAUACCUUAUAUUAGAACUUAUGGAAUAAUUUUUUAUCCGUUAAAUUAUGGUCAAUUAAUUGUUAAAAGAUUUGAUCAAGGUUCAUCAGAAUAUUUUGGUGGUCAACAUUUAUAUCAAAAAUUAGUAAAUUAUUCUCAAACUUUAUUUUUAAUACAUAAUAAUAGUUUAAAAAUUUAUUUAAUAUUAUUUGUAUUUUGAAUUUUAAUUUUAUUU